AUGUGACUCAUCAGCAAAAAUUUAACGGAAGAACCAAAAAAGGACCGGAUUUUAAAAUUUAGGGACUAAAAAGGGGAUUUUUUCAGUACAGGGACCAAAAAAUGGCUUUUUCCUAUAGUAGAGGGCCAAAAAGGGUAUUUAACCAAAAAAAUACUACAUCACAUUCAAUUUUGUUUUUAACUGAUUACAAUUUUGGGGAGGAAUUUUAACCCUUAUGAUGGGAAUCAAGAUGACUCCACAUGGACCACGUUAAGAGAUCCAUUACACAUUCCAAGAGGUCUAGUCAUGAGAGCUAGAGUUAGGAAGAUGCGAAAAGCUUUAAAUGGCCUUAUUGAGCAGAUAUGGGUUGAUAACAACAUGCAACAAGGUGUGACAUCAACCGACUUUAUACCUUUGGUUCUUGUUGCGUCAUAGACAACGGGUUAAGGUUUUUACUUUUGGUUCUUGUUGUGACAUAAACAACAGGUUAAGGUCCUAUUAUAAAUCUGAUUUGGUUUUCCUAGAGUUUUGAAAUCCCUUAUCGUGUUAUGGGUCUCAUUGUUCUCUUUGGGGUUCUCAUCGUCUUGGUAUCAAAGCAUCAACUCCUAAAUCAAGUUUGCGUAUAUUUAAUUUUCAGUUUUUAUAGUCAAAAUCAAAACAAAAAGGUUAAAUACCCUUUUUGGUCCCUCUACUAUAAGGAAAAAGCCCCCUUUUGGUCCAUGUAUGAAAAAAUCCCUUUUUUGAUCCCUAAAUUUUAAAAUCUGACCAUCUUUUAAUCCUUUUAUUAAUUUUUGCUCAUGUGGCACGUUAACUUAAUUGGAACAGCUGACGUGAAUAUGCCAACAUG